AGGCAGCCUUCCGCUUUGCCCUCAGUCAGGUUACAAAACCGAAGCUGAGCUCCGAACAGCCUCACGGACCCGCCCGGACCUGACCCUGCACCGGGAUGGGCUUCGAACACUUCUGCAGCGUGGACCGGUCCGACCCGUUCUGGGUGAGUGUCCGGGUUGUUUCCCGCGUUUUUACAGUUUGUCCGGCUGUUGUUAUCAGCCCGUGGAGGGGGCGCGUGCUAACGUGAUUAGCCCCGGUAAGUUACGCCGCUGCUGUCCUCCUCCUCCUCCUCCUCCGUGACAGCAGCAGCAGCUUCACGUAACAACCGGCUUAGAACCGCGAGACCGAGCACGCGCAUGUGUUGUAUCACGGACCCAUGGUUACAUGGUGAGCGCACACGCGCAUACACUCUGGUUGGUUUAUUCUGUUAUUACGGUUUUUACCGUUUUCACCGGUUCAGUGAGACAGGGAGGGACUGUGAGGGGGGCCUGGUGGGUCCGGUCCUGGAUGCUGUCAGAGAAACAGAGUCAGAGCAGAAGAGGAAAAGCGUGAAAAUUCAUGUUAAAGUGGAGAAAUCUGAGCGAAAUUCCUCACAGAUAACAUGAGUCAGCACAUUUUUUCCACUUCAGCCUCACUAACUUCUGUGAAACAUCAUUAUCUCUGUGUGUGUGUGUGUGUGUGUGUGUGUGUGUGUGUGUGUCUGUCUGUCUGUGUUUUUUAUGGCACUUUUCAGACAAGAAAUGCAGCUCAAAGUGCUACACAAAGGCUAAAAACAACAAUUAACCCAACGAUAUCGAUUUUUUUGCGGCCGAUACCGAUUACCGAUUAGUCGGCCGAUUUUUUUCUUUUAAUGAAGUUAUAAAAAAUACAUAUAUACUGUAAAUAUCUACAGUAUAUACUGUAGAUUUUUACAGUAUACUAUAUAGUGUAAAUAUACUGUAGUCGACUGCUCUUCACGCCGACAGGAAGACCGACUGAUCAAACUCAGACCAGAAAAGCGUUUUCAACUAUUCAUGCAGCUGCCUCAAUAGGAGAAGUAGCUUGAUCACGUAAUGUGUACUCUUGUUUAUUCUACUGUUACUGUAUUGUUAAAGAGACAUUGCCUGACACUGAGACAUUACGUGAGGAAAGAGCUACCUGUGGUAAACACUGGAGAUAAAAAUAAAAAUGGUAAAAAGAAAGAUUAAAACCUGAUGGACUAAAACAAGAAAAUAAUAUUAAAUGAACAUAAGUGAGAGCUCUUUACCAUAUUAAAGGGGGUAAAAGAAGUGAAAACCUAUGACAGGAGUUAAGAAAAACACUAAGAGCAGAGAUAAUUGAUAAAAUGACAUUAAAUAAACAGUUAGUGAAAAGCCUGGUUAAAAGGUGAGUCUUGAGCCUCUUCUUAAAAAUAUCAACAGUCAAAAAUUUGUUUUAUACAUCAAUUGUGGUGUCUAUGAGCUACAACAUGAGGUCAAAAACCUAACAUAAAAGUCCACUAUUUUAGUUUAGAGGACUAAUAAAGUCAUCAUAGUAGUUCUGGGGUAAGUGAGAAAGUAAAGGAGUCUGAUGAGAGGAUCAGAGUUUCACUUCAGAUUGUUGAAACGUUUGACUUUUUCUUUUCAAAAAUACAGAUCUGUGAAUGUUCUGAAUCACUUUUAGACAUUCUCAUGUUAAAAUGUUUUUUUACAAAACAGCUUUUUAGCAGUUAUAUGCAAUAAUAAUAAAAAGAAUUAUUGUACCAGUUGAAUAGUGUAUAAUAGAUAAAAAUACACAUGAAUGUGAAGAAGUGACUGUUUGGUAAGAGAGGGCUGGGGUGGAGAUGGUGAACUUACCCCGUACACGGGGUAAAUUGACCAUAGGAGACCACUUUUUUUUUGUCCUGCUAUAUUAUCAAGACAGUUCUGUUUACACUCAUUCUGUUGGUUUGCAGGGAUGACCAACAUCUUGAAAUAUAUAUGCAAAUAUACUAAUUAGAGACAAAAUUAGAAUAGCCUUGAUGUAGUGAUCCCAAAUAUGAAAACUGGCUCAUCUUACCCCACUCUCCCCUAUGUGUGUUUGUAUGUGUACCGCGGUUGUAUCAGUUGUUAUCAGGUUACAGCAUGGUGCCAGAAAAACUGUCAGACGUAACCGUGUGUUGACCUUUAACAUCAGUCUGCUGCUCCUCCUCAGAAAAACACGGAGAGGUUUGUGUGGUAAACAGAGCAGAUAUGGAUCGUUUUCAUUCUUCAUUUCAAGAGCCUCAAACACGGGCUGCUGAGGAUAAGGCCGUGAACGCUCAGGUGGAGAGCUGUCAUCCGUCUCUGCUGCUGUAGUCAUUAACUCGACUAAAUGAGCCGCCUGAGCUGAUUGACAUUUGCUCUGUGUUUGUUCUACAUUCAACCACGGAGAUGUGCAGAGUACAAGCAUACCGAUACCACUCAGAGAAACCACACACAGAACAACAACACAGUUUGUAGAAGAGAACAGAAAGUUUCGCAGCUGAUUCAAAGCGAAAAUACAGAGUGAUGAGAAAAACAAGGGGAGCAGAAAGUCUGAUCUUUGUCUUUAAAACAUGUUGACGAGAAUAAAAGUGAAGUUUGGCCAAGAAAAUUUACUAAAGGACUCAGGUAUAUUAUUUUAUUUUACUGUCUAGCACUGGUAUUUUAUGCGUUCAUUUUAUUUUUACUGUAUUCAGAUACUCUCCCUAAAAUUUAACCCUAAAAGAAGUAAAAAGUUUAAUCGAUUGACAUUUAAGAGUGCACCAGGUGACUGUGUAACAUACCACUGAGCCUCUUUUAGCUCACACUUUGUUUUAUGAUCUAACCGCCGCUCUCUGCUGCCUCCAGUGGUUUAAAACAUCACUGCAGCUUCAGAAUAAAAAAAUCAGAGUUCCUUUAUCUCCUGUCUCUCCUCUCCCAGGACUGGAACCGGAGCUGGAACACGUCUAACCCGGACCUCACCCAGUGCUUCCAGAACACUAUACUGGUGUGGCUGCCAUGCUUUUACCUCUGGCUGUCCGCUCCCAUCUACCUCAUCUAUCUGCGCGGUCACGAUCGAGGUUACAUCUGCAUGAGCCACCUAAACAAGGCCAAAACUGUGAGUCAUGUGACCCGCCGCCGGUACUGUGAGAAUUGAAUGUUUAUUGUUGAAUUUAAUCCUUUCCGGGGUUAUCUCGUGUCGUUGAAGCAGGAAGCAAAGGUUUUUUUUACAGUUGGUUUAACUGAAGUUUAAGUGGAAUAAAUGCAGGAUACAUGAAAACAAAGGUUGGUUGCAGCUCUGUGAGUGUUCUCAUGUUCCUCUUGCGGUGUUUUCUUGGAAAUCAGACACUAUUUUUAGACGCUACACUGCUUACAGUGCGAUUAAAGGGUCACUCUUCCUUGUUUUCAACACAGUGUCUAAAGUUCUUGCUUUUCUUUUGGUUCCUAUCAGUAAAAGGGAACAUUGCAUCGCCUCCUCAGGGGGAUUUCACAAGAACGUGAACCCUGACUUUGGCUUAUUGUGCAGAAAAAUAUUGAUUUAGCUCUCAUUGUUGAGUGAGUCCCUGUGAAAGUUGGAUGUUUCCCUCGGUCAGAGAGCAGUGAUGAGUUUUUCUCUCCUCAGGUGGUCGGUCUCCUCCUCUGGUUGGUCUGCUGGUCAGAUGUCUUUUAUUCUUUCUGGGAAAGAAGUCACGGCAGCAGCGUUCCUCCGCCGGUCCUCCUCGUCAGCCCGACUGUCCUGGGUCUGACCAUGGUGAGAGGACACGUUUGACUCUUUCUACCUUUCACAUUUCCAAAAGCCAAAAUAAAGUUCAGGUGAAUCUGUCAGGAGAAUAAUCAUUAGUUCCUUGUUGUGGAGCCGCAGCUUGACUGACAUGUGAGCAUUUCAGAGGACAGGAUGAACCUGUUUCAGGUCAACCAGAGCCUCAUUAAGAAAUGACGAGGGUGUGUUUGUGGUUUAAGUGUGUGUUCAUGUUUGUCCUCCAGCUGCUCGCCACGUUUUUAAUCCAGUACGAGCGAAUGAAGGGGGUCCAGUCGUCCGGACUGAUGCUGAUCUUCUGGUUGCUGGCGCUGGUGUGCGCCACAGUCACCUUCAGGUCCAAGGUCCUGCAGGCUCUAGACCAGGUCAGAGCUGCUGCUAUGAUGCAUUUAAAGUAAAAAUCUCAAUAUCUCAGGAAAAACUCCUGAACUGUGUGUUUGUACCUGCAGCUGUCGUCAGUGAGCGUGUGGAGGUUCACCACCUUCUACAUCUACUACGCUCUGCUGCUGGUGGCCCUCAUCCUGUCCUGUCUGUCAGACCAGCCGCCCCUCUUCUCCCAGGCUGUCAAAGACCAGGUAAGUCCUCCUCACCUGUCUCUCUAUCAGUCCUCUUUUGUUGACCCUAACAACCACCCAAUACCCGUCGUCUGGUGGACGUAGCGUUCAGCCUAAGACCGGUGAUUACCUGUUAUCAUGAGAGUGUGUGAACAGGUGGAUUAAACACCUGUCCCCCCUCCAUCACCUGGGCUGGAUCUCAAAUAUUGAUCCAUGGGUCAUAAAUAAGCAGAGCAAACCGAUCAUCAUCAUCAUCAUCAGACUCAUGGUUCAUCUCUGUCUGUGUUUGUGUUCAGAACCCGUGUCCAGAACCGGGGGCGUCCUUCCUCUCCAGAAUCACCUUCUGGUGGAUCACCAGGUGAGCUGACUGGACUCAGAGACUCAUUUAUGAUUAUUUUUGACAUGAUCAGAAAUGGAAGUUAAUAUCUCCUGAUGACUCCUCUCCUGAUCUGUCACCCUCGACUUCCUCCUUCCUUACACGAUCUCUUUAGGAUGAUGAUAAUUGGAUACCGGCGCCCCCUGGAGGAGAAGGACUUGUGGUCCCUGAACCCUGAGGACCGAUCACAUCGAGUCGUUCCACAGCUGGUGACUCGCUGGAACAACGAGUGCCAGAAAGUCAAGAGGUCAGCGGAUCAGGCGCAUCACACGUGACAAACAGAGCUUCAUCAAACUCCAUUUCUAAUCAUCUCCAUCUUUGUCUUCUGUCAGGACGGAGCAGAAGAUGCUGUACUCCCCUAAACGAGUCCCUCACACUGAGAAUAAAGAGGGCUGCGCCGUGGAGGAGUCUGAGAUCCUGAUUGUGAAGAACCCUCAGAAAACCAAGGAGCCCUCUCUGCUGUGGGCCCUGUGCCUCACCUUCGGCCCCUACUUCCUCAUCUCCUGCCUCUACAAGGCCAUCCAGGACAUCCUCAUGUUCGUCGGCCCUGAGAUCCUGAGGUGAGAAACCCCUGAAGCUGUAGACACAGCUGUGUUUAUUUUUCAUCUCUGCUGUCGACAUAUUUGUUCUGGAUUUUUACGAGUUUUUAUCGGGUUCGGCUCCUGAAUUUGUCGGAUAUUUCCCUCCUGGGCUGUUGAAGCAUGUUGUCACCUGCUGUCCAUUUCAGUGAUGUGUUUAUUUAAGUAUUUACAAAUAUAACCAUGUGGCAGCUGCAGCUACACUAUCAGCGGUGGAAACACUUAAUCAUGUAAACCAAGACCAAGACUUGUUGAUGGAGGCGCACCGCCACAAGGCAGCGCCUCCUGAGGGAUCUUUGUGUUCUCUUGUAUUGUAAACACUGAAACACAGAAACACUGAAAUACAAGCUCAUGUGGAAUAAUCAUCAGAAAUCUGGAACUUUUUUAUUUUAUUUUGACUUCUUUUCAUUUUUUAUUAACAGUCAUCAGGUAUCAGAGUCACAUAUGUUUGCUCAAAAGUCGCCUAAGCCUAAAGAAGAACCAACCGGCAGGGGAACACGUCAGGGCAAACAGACUUGUAACAUUUGUGAACAGGGAGGGAGUGAUCACCUCCUCCUCCUCAGAACACAGUCCAUCAUUUAUGGAAAUAAAUCCGACUCGCUUGGAGUCGAUUCAUUUUCCCAGAAUGAAGAAAAAUCAUCUCAGUUUUUGACCCUCAAACUCUGCCGUCCUCUCUGUUUCAUGAAACCUUUGAGUCCUGAGACUUUCGAGGAUAUUUGAUCUCAGACUUUUCUCGUCUGUGGCGUUUAAAACGGUGAACUUUAAGACCGUUUUCUUUGGAGCUGCACAUAUUUCAAACCCGGUUUAGUCUUUUUAAGAUUGUGGAGACAGUUUGGGUGGCGUGUCUGUGGAGGAGGAGGUGUAGAUGAGAUGGUUUGAGGAGAUAAACCGCAGCUUCAUUCAUCUUCUUCAUUUCGUCUCAUCCAGGCUGCUGAUCCGCUUCGUGAACGACUCCAGCGCCCCCUCCUGGCAGGGUUUCUUCUACACGGCCCUCCUCUUUGUCUGCACCUGCGUCCAGUCGCUCAUCCUGCAGAGAUAUUUCCACGUCUGCUUCGUGUCGGGCAUGCGUCUGCGCUCCGCCAUCAUCGGAGCCGUGUACAGAAAGGUAAAAGCGCGAUCGAUGACCUCACCGUCAGUUUAGUCACUUUUUGAGUGUGUGCUCGUCUGUAAGUCUAAUCCUUGUGUGUUUUCGGAUCCGUCAGGCGUUGGUGAUCAGCAGUGCGGCUCGUCGAACCUCCACCGUGGGGGAGAUUGUGAACCUGAUGUCCGUGGACGCUCAGCGCUUUAUGGACCUCAUCACCUACAUCAACAUGAUCUGGUCCGCCCCCCUGCAGGUGGUGCUCGCCCUCUACUUCCUGUGGCAGGUGAGAUCCCAGAGCAGGUACCAGAAGACUCUGCCUGAUGGGAAAUGAAGGAGCAGAUGUUUAUUUUGUCUCCUGUUGUCUUCAUCAGAACCUGGGUCCGUCUGUGCUGGCCGGAGUAGCUGUGAUGGUUCUGAUGGUUCCUGUUAACGCGGUGAUCGCCAUGAAAACCAAAACCUACCAGGUCAAACUUCUCUCCUUUACCUCCACCAGACGCCUCUGCGUGUCACCGGGUCAGUUUGAUCAUGUCGUUUGUCCUCCUGUCCUCCAGGUGGCCCAGAUGAAGAGUAAAGACAGCCGCAUUAAGCUGAUGAACGAGAUGCUGAACGGCAUCAAGGUGCUGAAGCUCUACGCCUGGGAGCUCGCCUUCAGAGACAAGGUGUCAGAGAUCAGAGAGAGCGAGCUGAAGGUCCUGAAGAAGGCCGCGUACCUGGGAGCCAUGUCCACCUUCACCUGGGUCUGCGCACCUUUCCUGGUGAGUCCGUCCUCCUGGUUUUUUCGUUCUUUAGUUGCUCAUCGUUCUACUCGAACCCUAAAAACCCGAGGACCUAAAACUCGUAAUGACCUCCUUAUAUUUUCUCUCUGUGUGCAGGUCGCUCUCUCCACGUUCUCUGUCUACGUUCUGAUCGACGAAGAAAACGUGCUCGACGCUCAGAAGGCGUUUGUGUCUCUGGCGCUCUUCAACAUCCUUCGUUUUCCUCUCAACAUGCUGCCCAUGGUCAUCAGCAGUAUGGUGCAGGUACGUCUACACUUAAUGUCUGAUUUUAAAGUGGUUUUCAGGGUGGACUGUGGGUGGGUAUCAGAACAACAAUAUGAUUAAUUUGAGGUGACUUUAUGUGGGUUUUUUCUCCCUCUGCUCUCGUCUUCAGGCCAGCGUGUCUCUGAAGCGUCUCCGAGUGUUUCUGUCUCACGAGGAGCUGCAGGAGGACAGCGUGGAGCACAAAGCAGCGGCAGACUGUGAGUCCGUCACGAGUCCUCAUGGUUGUUUAUUUUAAUAAAUACUAAAAUAUUCCAGCUUAACGCCUCUCUACUGUCGUCCUCUCAGCGCCGUUCAGCAUCUCCAUGGAGGACGCCGUCUUCAGCUGGUCCAGAACUGAAUCACCGACUCUCAAGAAGUACGUGUGUCAACUUCACUCAGAGUCUUUAAGUGAACAAAAACAUAGAAGUCUAAAAAAGGAUCAUCCAACAUGAUCUGUGUCGUCAUGGAUACGCAGGAGCAAAAUUAUUUAGUUUAUGUCCAAGGGAAAGUCAGAGCUAGUAGAAACAAGAAGAAAAUUUUGCACUUGUAAAAACCAAUUCCCCUGAUUCUCCUCCUGUUUUUCUUCAGGCUGAAUGUGUGUAUCCCAGAAUGCUCUCUGGUUGCCGUGGUGGGACACGUGGGUUCAGGAAAGUCCUCUCUGCUCUCCGCUCUGCUGGGAGAGAUGGACAAACUGGAAGGAAGUGUGUCCGUGAAGGUAUCUGCUCCUCCUCACGUGGAAAUAAGUGAUCUAUUCAUCUACGUAUCUGAGACUUAGUUUGUUUUCUUCUCUGGGUUUCUGCAGGGCUCCGUGGCUUAUGUCCCCCAGCAGGCCUGGAUCCAGAACUCCACCCUGAAGGACAACAUCAUGUUCGGACAGGAGAGGAGAGAGGCCUGGUACCAGCAGGUGGUGGAGGCGUGUGCGCUCAGACCGGACCUGGAGAUCCUCCCGGCUGGAGACGAGACCGAGAUCGGAGAGAAGGUGCUGGUCUAAGUGCUCUAGCUGUACCGGGUCCAAAUGUAGGGUAGGAAGGUAGGGGAUGAGUUAAGGAAAGAAGGAAGGAAGGAAGGGUCAAAACUAGAGGUACACAUGUGGAACUAAUGGAGAGUCUAAGCUAAGGGUCUUCAAGAGUUAAAAAUAGAUGUUUCAGCUGCUUAGGUCUGGAAGUAGACCAGUUUUCCCACAGGACUGACGGUCCAAACCUGGACCCUAACAGUCCUGGGGUCACUCUGUCUCUCUGUCUUGCUGCCUUAAGUGUUCCUCGCAGUCGUGUCUCAUUUCUGUCUCCGUCCUGAUCAGGGGGUAAAUCUGUCCGGCGGUCAGAAGCAGAGGGUCAGCCUGGCUCGUGCCGUCUACUGCGACCGAGCCGUCUACCUGCUGGACGACCCGCUCUCCGCCGUCGACGCUCACGUAGGAAAACACAUCUUUGACCACGUGGUGGGCCCGCAGGGACUGUUAAAGGACAAGGUGUGUGUGUGAGAGAUCUCUGCAGCAGAAGUUUACUGUGAGCUAACGCCUCAGAAUAAUCAUGAACACGUGUGUUUGUUCAGACUCGUGUGCUGGUCACACACGGCCUGAGCUACCUGCCUCAGGUGGACCUGAUCCUGGUGAUGGUGGAGGGUCAGAUCACAGAGAUGGGCUCCUACCAGCAGCUCAUGGACAGGGACGGCGCCUUCGCCGAGUUUCUGCGGACGUACUCGGCGGGUGAACACACCGAAGACGACGGUGAGACUCUUUGACUGAGUGCAGGUUUUGAUUUUUUUAGGGAUCAGUCCAAAAUGACUAAACAUUAACUUUGUGUAGAAUCGGCUCCAAAGAGCGGGACCAAAGUUCUGGAGAACGGCAGCGUGACGACUCUCGUUGGGUGAGUAAAAACACAGAUUUGGAAACACAGACCGCCUCUCUGUCGGCUGAGAUCUUCGCCUUUUUUACGGUUAUUUACUGUUUUUCUGGUUUCUGUGUCGGAGCAGCAGCCCGACUGUCAGCACUUCAUCCAAACAAACCGAGAAAGAAGACCAGAUCCAGAACAAGAAGACCAAGAGCCCCGAUGUGGGGAAGCUGACAGAGGCGGACAAAGCCAGCACAGGACAGGUGAGCAAAGACUUCCUUUUCUUUACCUGGUCCCUGAUCCUGAUCCUGGUCCUGAUCCCGGCCCGCCUCCUCUCCCUCCUCAGGUGAAGCUCGCCGUCUUCUGGACUUACCUGAAAGCCAUCGGCGUUCUCCUGUCCAUCAUCAGCAUCUUCCUCUUCUUCGUCCAUCACCUCGUCUCGCUGUUCUCCAACUACUGGCUGAGUCUGUGGACGGACGACCCCGUCAUCAACGGCACGCAGCCCAACAGACUGAUGAGGCUGGGGGUCUACGGGGGGUUCGGACUGUCCCAGGGUGAGGAGGGCGAUAACCAACGAUAGUCUCUCUGAUCAGACCUUCAGGAACCAGGUCUCUAACUCCGAUUCUGUCUUCCAGGUGUGGCCGUGUUCGGUUACUCCCUCGCCAUGUCCAUCGGCGGCAUCCUGGCGUCCCGUUACCUCCAUCAGUCCAUGCUGUACGACGUCCUCAGGUCACCCAUGUCCUUCUUCGAGCGAACGCCGAGCGGGAACCUGGUGAACCGCUUCGCCAAAGAGAUGGACACCAUCGACUCGGUGAUCCCCAGCAUCCUCAAGAUGUUCAUGGGCUCCAUGUUCAACGUGAUGGGCUCCUGCGUCAUCAUCCUCAUCGCCACGCCGCUCGUCGCCAUCAUCAUCCCCGUUCUGGGUUUGCUUUACUUCUUCGUUCAGGUCGGUGCUCAGAGGACGUGAAACUUCAAAUAUCUGGACCUGGUUUUCAUGGAGGUAAUUUAAGAUGUCUGAUGUCCUUCUGUCGUCUCUUUAGAGGUUUUACGUGGCGUCGUCUCGUCAGCUGAAGCGCCUGGAGUCGGUCAGUCGCUCGCCGAUUUACACGCACUUCAAUGAGACUCUGCUGGGAACCUCUGUCAUCAGAGCCUUCGGCGAACAGGAACGCUUCAUCCGGGAGAGCGACCAGCGAGUCGACCACAACCAGAAGGCGUACUACCCCAGCAUCGUGGCGAACAGGUAGAAGAACGUCUCACUGACGGACGUUAAUGCAGGUGUGGACGCCGCUGAUGUUCUGUCUCAUGUUUGUGGUCGUGCAGGUGGCUGGCCAUUCGUCUGGAGUUUGUGGGAAACGUCAUCGUGUCGUCUGCGGCUCUGUUCGCGGUCAUCGCCAGAGAGGAUCUGAGCCCCGGCAUCAUGGGACUGUCCAUCUCCUACGCCCUGCAGGUAAACUCGCUGCCUGACGGAGGAAAAAUGUGAAACAGCUUAACCAGAACAGAGAAAGUAAAUCUGAAAGUGAGUAUGAGAGGUGUGACGACUCGUCUGUGUUCUCUCCUUUGCGAUCAGCUGACGGCGUCGCUGACCUGGCUGGUGAGGAUGUCCUCUGACGUGGAGACAAACAUCGUGGCGGUGGAGAAAGUCAAAGAGUACAGGGACACAGAGAAGGAGGUACGGAGACGCUUCUGUCCGCUUUUAAAGCUCCUGUAGGGAACUUCUCUUGACUUCUUAUGAUCAAAUGUGUGGUUUAUUGUGGUUGUUUAAAGACUGUUUCGGUGUCGUUGUGUCGUGUUAAUGGUGUCGUCUGACCUGUAGGCGGAGUGGAAGCUGGAGUCGUCCUCUCUCCCCCCGGGGUGGCCCACUCAGGGCUGCAUCGACAUCCGUGGUUUCAGUCUGAGGUACCGACACGACCUGGACCCGGCUAUCUGUAACAUCAACAUCAACAUCCAGGGAGGAGAGAAGGUCAGACUUGCUGCAGCAGUCGGCUCUUUGACUCUGGUGGAUUUUUUUUACAUCUACUGCAUAGUGAAGUUUUUGGGGGUCUCUGUUUCAUCAUCAGGUGGGGAUCGUGGGCCGCACCGGAGCGGGGAAGUCCUCCCUGACACUCGGUUUGUUCAGGAUCAUCGAAGCAGCGGGGGGACAAAUCCUCAUCGAUGGCGUGGACAUCUCCAAACUGGGCCUUCAUGAGCUGCGAUCCAGAAUCACCAUCAUCCCUCAGGUGGGUUCACAGAGGACCUGUUCACAGCAGCUCUUCUGCGUUUGGAAUAAAACCUGAUUCCCCUCCUGCCUUCUGUCUCUCCUCAGGACCCGGUGCUGUUUUCAGGCUCUCUGAGGAUGAACCUGGACCCGUUUAACAGUUACUCCGACGAGGAAGUGUGGCGAGCUCUGGAGUACUCACACCUGAAAAACUUUGUGUCUGGUCUGCCCGACAAACUGAACCAUGAGUGCAGUGAGGGAGGAGAGAACCUCAGGUACACCGGAGACAGAUGCAAGAAUAUCUCUCUGUCUUUACAUGAAAAAGAUUUUUGUUUCUUCUGCAGACCAACCCUCAGUCUGUUUUUCUCACAGCUGCAGCAUCUGGUGUAGACUUUAAUCUCGUCUCUUUCUCUCUCUGUGUUUCCUCUCAGCGUGGGUCAGAGGCAGCUGCUGUGUCUGGCUCGAGCUCUGCUGAGGAAGACGAAGAUCCUGGUCCUGGACGAGGCCACAGCAGCUGUGGACAUGGAGACAGACAACCUGAUCCAGUCCACCAUCCGGUCUCAGUUUGAGGAGUGCACAGUCCUGACCAUCGCUCACCGCCUCAACACCAUAAUGGACUACACCAGGUACAAGAUGUUCCACACAGCACAGUAUUUAACGGAACAGUGGAUAUCCAGUCAUAUUAAAGUCUUUCAGACCUUUUGAGGGACCGUAUCUAGUUUAGCUGAAUAGACCUGAAGCUACAGAAAUGUGCAGAAUAACUCAGAAACUAAUGAAAAAUAUUAAACACUUGUAUAUUAUCUCUAUUUUAACUUAUUGUACUUAUUUUAUCAAUUAUUUAUCUCCUCUUUUUACUGUAUUUGCGCUGGAGUAUUUCUGAUUCUGAUUCUGAAACCUGAGUGCAGUUUCAGGCUGUAGUCCUGGUCCUGGUUUUCAUCAGUUCUCCGUCUCUUUCAGGGUCCUUGUUUUGGAAAAAGGAGAGAUGGCGGAGUUCGACUCUCCCUCCAGCCUCAUGGCUCAAAAAGGAGCCUUUUACAAAAUGGCGAAGGACGCGGGGCUGGUCUGAACAGGUAGAGGACCUCGCCUGUCCUCGCCCAGUCCAGCUGCUCCACUGAGCCCCCUCCAGCUCCUCCGCCCCCCCCUGCUGAGGGGGUCCAGAGUCAGAGAGCGGAAAGCGGAGGAAGUAGGUUCAGAAUAGAGUGCCUGAAUGAUAAAUGAGGGGUGCCGAGGAGAACUCGGGUUCCGGUCCGAGCCGCUCCACCCUCAUUUUUCACACAACGCCGCUCCUCACUGUUAAUCCAGAUUGCGCUCAUGUACUCCUCGCUCUUACAUGCUGUUGUUUCACAUCACUGCCGUUUCCACCCAGAGGUGCAGAUGAGUUCAGACUCUUAUUUUGACAGAGGAUUGUACUUGUGCUUGAGUUUUAUUGUGGUAGGACAGAACCGCUGCAGUCUGACCGCUGCAGUCUGACCUGUACGUUUAAAUCAUGUAGUGCCAAAUAUGCCCUAAAAUACAAAGAUUAAACUGACUCUGCAUGAAUGGGCGGAGCUUUAGAGCGCCAUCAUCAUCAUCAGGAAGUGGAGGUGUUAGCAUGUGAUUGGUCAGAAACAUCAGGUACGCUGAUGAUGUCAGACCUGAAACACAUGAAUAAGACAAAAGCUAAAAAAACGCACAAACUGUUGGAUCGUCUCCGACCGUUUCCAGCGGACUCUGACUUUAAACGCAGCACUGACUGUUUAUUUAUUGUUUUUAUGUUCAGCUUUAAGUUCAUGAGGCUGCGCUCUGUGGUAAAUGUUCUUUAAUUAGGUCAGAAGGUACUGAAUGUGCAGCAAAUGGACCCCGUUAUCUCCUCGGGUUCAUUACAGUACAAAUCUGAGGAGAAGUUACAGGUUCAAGUCGCACUCUACGCUAAAAAUGCCAACAAGUUAAAAAAGGUCAUUCAGAGUCGAUGACAGCUGUCUGUUUUUGUUAACUUCUUUGUAUUGCUGUGUGUACGUGUGUUUUAUUUUAAGUAAAUAAAGAUAUUUUGAGUAUA